CAGUCCCAGCGUCAUUAACGCAUCAUCUGUGCCACCGUCGGUCAUAUAACCCCCCUCUGUGCCUCUUACGGACGAUCGCUUCGAAGCCAUCACAGUUAUUCUGGAGCCAACAAUAACAACAAACAACUGUAUCUUCACUGAAUCACUUUCCACUAUGCAGUCCUCAAAAGCUCAGACAACCUCGCGCAUGUCGCAGAACACGGAGAGUAAGGCCGGCUCGAAGAAAGAGGACCCCACUGCUAAAUGGAGUCCCGAGGAAAUAUUUGAGACCACCAUGGAUCGUGACGGCAACCCUGUGCCCGACCCCAUCUCCUACGUCGACGGUGCGAGGAUGGGCAAGUCGGCCAAAGGCGGCCAAGCGGAAGGCCAGGAUGAAGGCGACAUGUUUGCCGCAGCCAACGAUGACUUUGACUGAGUCGGGGAUUUGAAUCGGGACUGUUCUGAUGAUUGUCAGUCCAUGACGCAGUCGACUACAUAUUAGUGACUGCAUCAGCCUUAUGUUAUUCUAAUUCUUAAGACAUGUGAAAAACGAACUGAAAAUGAUGUACCUCUUGCGAUAGUGAUAAUUGAAACGUCGAACCUUG